AGAUCGCCUAGCUGACAUCUUUGGCCAUUAGAGAUUUCGAGUUCGAAGUGUCAAUAGACAAUAGUACCGCGAGCGUGAUUUGUGUAUCUGAAUCUGUACAAUGGUUACAACACGUGGGAAAGUUAAUGAAUCGAGGCGUGUAAUUCAGAGAAGAGGCACGGAAAAUCCUUCGAGAUAAUUGAUAACACGAACUUGCAUCGAGUGAGCGCAAUUUAUGCAAGAUCUUACGACAUCGUAAAUCUCCAUUAUGGAUACCCCGAAUUUCAUGUAACGCGAUACCUGUGUAAUUACGACCGUUUUUGAUCAUGUGAAGCAAUUUUGAAAAAGGAGGAGUAUAAGGGGACCGUUACCCACUUACCAAACUGGGAUUGCACGAGGUCGACAGCAUUUUAGGGUGAAUUUAUGCAUCUAUAUCGAAGCCGGUCGUUCCAGAUUCAUUUUGGCACUAGUUUCAUUGUUAUUCUCUUCUAAUAUAGAGUAGAUUUGUUUAAACAAAGCAGGUGCAACCAACAGUUCGCGCAGUCCAGCCGUCCAUGUUUCCGAUGUUGCCAGAUAUAUCGAUAUAUCGAUAUUGUCGCUUGUGAUUCUCGUUUGCCUCUCCUCGCGGUGCUUGAAUAUUCUCGCGGCGCUGAGUCGCAGUUUAAGCGUGUAGUCCUCGUUAUUACGUGAAAGUUUUCGAUAAAAACAAGUAAUUAUUCGUGGUGUUCUGUGCUUUCCUGCCACUUGGAUCGAACAAUAGACUGGCGAAGAUUAACGAUCGAGAAUCGGUGAGCAUUGUAGUAUAUUUAAUGUAGAUUAUCCAUUGUUUUGCUUGACACGUGAUACCAUUCACAAGACUUUAGAAAGUAUAAACAGUAAAUAUAAUGUUUUUACCAUUUUUAUUCUUGCGACUUAUGCUUUAUUCUGCUAUUCAGCAGCGAGCCUAAUGAUUAAAAAAAAGUACAGGGUAAUUCAUCUUUGUUAAACAAUCCAUUUUAUAUUGUACAUCAGAAAGAACUUUUAUGUUCCCAUUUACUGUGAUGUGUUAGCUAAAUUGAGCUAAUUAACAUUUCUAAUCGUGCAGAAAAUGAAGCUUUAAAUUAAUAAAGUUGUAUUUGAAUAAGUGAAAAUAUAGAAUAUUCCAGCUUUGCUUAAAAGACAAAAGGCACACGAUGUGCCAAAUGUUUUAAAAUAUUCUGAGAACUGGCAAAUUCAUAAUCGAAACAUUUUAUUUAAGGACCGCCAGUCUAUCUGCCCUGAUCAAUUUUUACAUGGCACAGACUAAGAUCGAUAUUUUAGGAUGUUUCAUUCGUCUAUAGUUGUACUAAUGAUUCAGCAUUGAUAUUCAUUCGAUGUUAUUCGUUUCGACGUAGAUGCAAAUUAGCAAAGACAUUGUAUGCUUUGUUCGUAGCUUAGGGGAAAUAACAUAAAAUGGGGAAAUCAAGGACGAAAGUGUGUGCUCAGAAAGAGAAUUAUAUUCGUGUGAAAAAGUCUAAUUCAAAGGGUCAGAAAAGUGUGCGUAAUAGAAACCAAACAUUGGAACAGAAGUAUAGGAACAUAUUGGGCCCUAAGCAACCCAUUGUUCUGCUACAAAAAUGUUUAUUUUUAAGGAACAUUUUUUACAAAGGUACUUCGCAAGAUUUGUCAGAAAGUUCUAUAGACGAUAGACACGACACAAGCAAAUUAAUUUGCCCGACAAAUCGUGUUUCGUAUCAAUCGCCACGUGUUGAAGAAACCACAUGUAAUGAUUUAAUACAUAAUUCAAGAGCUGCCCAUACUAAGUCCUCUAAAAAGGAUAGUAGAAAAACCAAAAAAUGUAAUUUAAUAGACGAUUCAAACGAUGACCGCAUCGAGUCUUCUAAAAAAGCUAAAAAGAAAAUUACAGUAAGAAAUAAUAACUGCAGUUUAAGUGUGGUUCCUUCGGAUACAAAAAUAUCUAAUAAUCUUUCGAAAACAUUGAAACGAUCGAAUACUUCAUUAAGAAGUAAAAGGUCUAUUCAGCGAAGUGUUUCUACAUUGGUCGUGAACAAAAUAGAAAAAGGUCAAACGCAAGAGAAUAAUUUGAUUCUAAUGGAAAACAUAAGAAUGCCUUGUACACAAAACAAAAAGAGAAGAAAACAAAAAAAUGUCUCUGCGUGUAGUGCAUUAACUAACAACAAUGAAGACAAAGAAUAUUCAGACACGAUGCUCUUGCAGGAAAAACUCCUUACAUCGAAUAACAACUUCUUGACAAAGCAUACUGUAGACUCUACGGUAGAGCACGCCGUAGAACAUACUGCGGUAGAGCAUACGGUAGAACAUACUGCAGUAGAGCAUACGGUAGAACAUACCGCAAUAGAUAGCUAUGGAAGUAAAAAAUCAAAAGGUGAAAUAUCACCUUUGCAUAAUAGAAAUGCCACUAGAACCAUUGUCACUGCCCUGUCUUCAGAAUCUUUAGACACAUCUUUGAAAACGAGAUUCCGUACGACCCAUAAAAAAAAGUUGAAGAAUCAUACCAUGGAGCAUACUGCAGUGAACAUUCAAAAUGAUCCAAUAGCAAAAGGUGAAGCAUUACUUGAUACUGAUAUUAUCCAAUCUUCUAAAAACCUAGAUACAGUGAUCUUAGAGGAAUGGCUUACAACAUCUUAUAACAAUAGUUUGAAUGAACAGAAUACUGAGAAACAUACUGUACCAGAUACUAAGCACGCUAUAAACACAAAAGAGGAACCAGAUAAAAUUGAUGAUGCUCAAUGCGAUGCAUUGCAUCAUCGAUAUGGGAAUAGUUGGACGAAGCAAAAGCGUUUGUACGAGAAGACCAAUGACACAAGCGAGGAAGUUGAAACAACUAACAAAGAUGUGGAUGUAAAUAAUAACAAAGAAGUUCCUGAAUUGAUACCUAGAGAGGCUGCCAAAAUAAGUGCUGCGGCAGAAGCGAAUUUAACCGAAGGUCAAGACGUUUUUAACAGAGGAAAGCAGAAUUUGGUAGAGACUUUCGGAUACAGCACUCGAGUAGAAUGCGAUGCGAGAACGGACGCAAAACAAUCGCAGGACUUAGCAAUAGAAACUUGUAAUCCUGUUAUACAAGAUACUUCUUUAAUUUCAGAGAAUGCUAAUUUUAAUACAAGCAACUUAUAUUGCGACGAUGACGAUUACAUUUCGUUGUAUGCGGAUUCGAUGAUUAUCGAAGAAUGCGAUAUUGGAGAACCCCUUCAUUCGCGGAGAUUGAAAGGAAUUUCGCUCGCUACCGAGAACCAGUACGUUAUGAGCGACAAUGCGAUCGACAUUUAUUAUAAGAAGAAUGCUCUUGAGUUUAAUGAAGCAUAUAAUGUUUACGCAAGUAACAGCAAGACUAAUAUUCCGCAAGAAAAGGAACCGUCCCGAACAGCCAGCAAAGACGACGAAGAUAUUAAUUCGACGAACGUAGUAAACCGACAGAUGCAGAUGGACCAGAACGUAACGCAACAGCAAAAUUGGAAUGCAGUUUUUAAAUUCUUUCGGGGUUAUUGUUACAAGACGUUGAUGCACGGCAAAUGUUUGAAACAAAAUUGUCGUUUUGAACAUGAUUUUCAAAAUAUUAUGACAAAUUGGUAUAACGGGGAUGAAAAGUUUUAUUUCACGAUGAUAGACGAAUUGAUACUGAACCGGUGCAAUAAAUUUUUACAAAAUUUUUUCGGAACGUGUAUCACUCUCGAUGCGAACGUUUUAUACCUGAUAAAAGUAUUGAAAAAAUUAUGCGACAAGAAUAUCGUAACGAUCUCAAUGGCCUAUGAUUUCCUUAAAAAAUUGAUAUCGUUGGGUAUCUCUCUGAAAGUAAUCGUCGACAAUUUGGCAGCGAUAGUGGAUGCCAAUGACGUAGAAUUUGUCAAUUCUGUAUCGCAAAUAAUGUCUAAUUUUAUAACACCUGGCCAGAUCUGGUUAACGUUGAAACCAUUGCUAGGACGAGUGGAGAAACUGACAGAAAAUGUUGCCGAAGUUAUCAUGGCCGAGAGUAUACUGACCACGAAACAUAUACAGGACGUAUACGAAAAUGCCUUGAGCAAACUAGAUUCGGAGUCCCUGGGAAAAAUCAAACCACAAUUGUUAUUGGAGUUUAAUAGAAUAUUUAUGCAUCUACAUGACACCGAAGUGGAAGAAACCGAGGCAACUAACGCAUCGUUAAUUGGAGAUAUUUCUUCACCGGACGAUACGUACGAGCCGAAAAUUGUAAAGUUUCCAAAGGAAAAUCAUACACCGUCGACACUAGUGUGGCACGAUGUUCUUUUUCACGAUAACAAUAACUCGCUGGGACAAAAAUCUUCGGCUGUAUUGCACCCCAUAGAUAAUGUUACGGAACCGUAUUCGAGACACGGUCGAGAGAGAUUUUGGAAAUUUUAUUUGGACGUUCACAGUCUCCAGGAGGGACUGAAAUACGGCGAUUAUGAUCAUAUUAAAAGUAUCCUGGACGCGGCGCAAACGAAAGAUGCGACUCUAUUCACUGGCGCCUGUUAUAACAUCUUGCUUAAUAAAGUAGAGCAUGCUAAUCAUCAUCUGAGUAGGCUCGUCUCGCUUGCAGUCCAAACCGGGGCGACGGCGACAUUUUGCAAAAUAUUAAUCGAUGUCACGAUAUGCAUAUUGACUGUUCUGGCCGAAAGGGAGCUAUGGGUUUUAGCGCUCGAACUGUUGAAGAGCAUCAAGAUCGUGAUACAGCACAAAAGUAGUUUGCUUAAUUUCAACGCCGCAGUUACGAUGCUCUUCGGCGAAAUUUAUUUAGCGAAUCGAAAACCCAUGAAGGCCUUCAUCCUUCUCAAGCAAAGUAAUAUUAUUCAUACGUGUCGUAACAUGUGGAAGGUAAGCAAUAACGAGAGGGACGAGGAUAUCAGAACGCAAAUAGUGACGCUGCUUUUAGACUCGUUUUGCGAUACGUCCCCGGAGCACGCUUUCAAUCUCUUUGAAUUCUUAAUCUCAGAUCAGAGCAGCAACUUUUAUCCAAUAGAUCUGAUGUCUCGAGCGAAUAGAUUAGUAUCGGUGCUGCUGUUAAAAAAUGAUCACAACUCGAUUGUCAGCGUUGCGAAGCUGAUCGACGAUUAUAGUUGCGCACUGAAGCCGAUCACGUAUCGUGCACUGAUUUCCACGCUAGUUGGCAUAGACUCGAAGCUGGCUAAGCAGCUGUACCACGUUGCAACUAACUUGGGCGUAUAUUCCAAAAUGCUUAUUCAUCCAGUCAUGGGUAUUAUCGUGAAGUCCGAUUGGACCAGAGAGGAAAUGUAUCUUGCAGUGUCGACCAUGAUGGAGCAGCUUGCGGCGAACGUUGGUCAUGCGAUCAGUGGCAUCACGCCGAAACAAGUUUCUUUGCAUCUUAUCUUCGAGGCUACCUCGUUAGGAACGGACGAGCAACGCGACAAUAAGCUGCAGAAAAGUGUAACGUUAAUGAAAACGGUGCUCGAGACAGAAUUCGACCCGCCGCUUUCCAUGAUAAGGAGAAGCAAAGGUAAAUUCCACAAAAUAAACGGUACCAGCGUUUGCAAUCAUUUGCGAUCCUUUAUGCAAAGCGUUUAACUUUUGCGCGACUGAUUAUUUUUUAUUUUUUGAUAGAAUUUAUUACAGAUCAUUGUUGGUUUUAUUUCACUUUUUAACGCUAUCGAAGCUUCUUACGAAUAUGACGUUUACAAAGUAAAAAUACUCUUUUUUUAAUUAUCAACAUUCAGAUGAAUUUCGGUGAAUUCGUUUUAUUAACAAUUUAGCAUCUAGCUUAUAUCGACUACCGACCGUUGGAUCAAAAUGUGUCGUUCUUGAACAUUUCGCAAUCAGAUUAUAUAAUCAUGUACAACAUUUUGCUCUAACAAUAUAGUAUACUUGUGUGUAAACGUAUAUUUAUACCCGACUGCGUUUCAUUCACCGUAUUCUGCAGGUGUCGCGCGAUUCCAAAUACGCUGACAUUUGAAAUCGAACAAUUGUAUACUGUCCUGUAGGCACAUUAAUCACGUAAAGCUGACGUUUACUGUAAAAUAGUUUAUUAAUCACAGAUGUUCUCGAUGCUCUAUACAAAAAAAAGAAAACAUUUUUAUUUGAAAACAACUCGCGGAUCGGAAAUCAGCACGGUCCGUACGAUCUUUGAAAAUGCAAGAAAAUUGUCUUUUCCGUUAACAUUUCGGGGACAGAAUGAAUUCUUCGUUGGUAGCACUAAGUACUUACAAGUCGAAAACGAUGCAACUGUGCGUUACGUAAUAUGUACAGAAAUAAAUAAUUAUUCCCACCACAUGGUUGCGAAUUGAACACCGUGCAUGGGGUUUUCUCACGCGUUCUAGUAUACCGAAGUCUUUGAAAUCCAAGUGUCGAUCACGUGAUCAGAAAAAUAUAUAAGCAAUACUCACGUUGCUUGACGCGGUGCUAGUUUCGUGCUAAUCGAACGUUCAACUUUCUAGCUACUUCCCGGUAAAAAAAAUUCACGUAUAAUUAAUCGAACUCCGGUAUAUCGUCGAAAGAAUACCCUGGUACUUUUUGAUAAGCUAAAAUGGCGACCCUCAUGUGGUAAGCUCCCGGUAUGAACAUCAGAAUCCCUAAGAUAAUGAUCGGCCACAUGCGAUCGGAAUACUGAAAGAAAAAUAAAUAACGAUUAAUAUACAGAGCACAUCGAAGCUAUAUAAUACUAUAAAAUACUACUCACUUUCGAGUCGAUGUGACCGCUCACGAUUAGACUACCCAUGAUGAGCAUAAUAGUACCCCCAACGAACAAAAGUGCCGCCAGCGUGAUGGCUUUCCAUGGUAUUUUUACCGGUGGAUUCACGAACUGAAAAAUCGUUACCCCGUUAGUGUCUAUUAUUUCAAUAUACAUUCGUGCCUCUUAUCGUUUCUGCCGACUGCCGCGUCGCCCGUACACAGAUCACGGCAUUGUUAAUUGGUUUUGAAAAUUAAUUUGUAUACGCUAAUCUAUUAUAAGUUCCUAAUCUUACUAAAAUUCGCGCAAUGUAAGAAUUUUGUAAGAAAAAUCAAAUAAAAUACUUUGAUUGUACGAAA